AUGAAGUGGUUGAUUCUUGCGCUGGUUUGUCUUCACCUCUCAGAGGGUUUGGUCAGCAGAGUCCCUCUGAAGAGAUUCAAAUCCAUACGGGAAACAAUGAAGGAGAAAGGAGUACUGAAAGAGUUUAUGAAAACACACAAGAGGGAUCCUGCCAUGAAAUAUAGCUACAACCACAAAAAUGAUUUUGCUGUGGUCUAUGAGCCUAUGAACAUGGAUGCCUGCUAUUAUGGACAAAUCAGUGUUGGAACACCUCCCCAGAACUUCAUGGUACUUUUUGACACUGGAUCAUCCAAUCUCUGGGUUGCUUCAACUUACUGCCAGAGUGAAGCCUGCCAGAACCAUCCAUUAUUCAACCCAAGCCAGUCCUCCACAUACACAUCCAAUAAUCAGCAGUUUUCUAUGCAGUAUGGCAGUGGGAGUCUCACUGGAGUCUUUGGCUAUGAUACUGUGACAGUGCAAAGCCUGACCAUCACAAACCAAGAGCUUGGCCUAAGUGUCAAUGAACCUGGCACCGACUUUGUGUAUGCUGGCUUUGAAGGUAUUUUUGGAAUGGCUUAUCCUGCCCUUUCUGCAGGAGGUGCCACCACUGCAAUGCAGGGCAUGUUGCAACAAAAUCUCCUCACAUACCCUAUUUUCAGUGUCUACAUGAAUAGGCCAUCUGUAUUCAGUCAAUCAGGAGCAGUCAUUUUUGGUGGUGUCGACAACCAACUGUAUUCUGGACAGAUAUACUGGGCACCUGUCACUCAAGAGCUGUACUGGCAGAUUGCUAUGAUGAUGUUUUCCAUCAAUGGGCAGGCAACAGGUUGGUGUAGCCAGGGAUGUCAAGCCAUGGUGGACACAGGAACCUCCCUUCUCACUAUUCCCCAACAAUUUUUAGGAAACUUCCUGCAAUACGUUGGAGCCCAACAAAGCCAAUCUGGAGAGUAUUAUGUAAAUUGCAACAAUGUACAAAAUCUGCCACCUAUCAGCUUCACCAUCGGUGGAAACCAGUUUUCCAUUCCUCCUUCAGGAUACAUCCUACAGAUCAAUGGAUACUGUGUAGUUGGAUUUGAGUCAACAUACCUACCUUCACGGAAUGGUCAGCCACUUUGGAUUCUGGGGGAUGUAUUUCUUAGGCAGUACUAUUCUGUUUAUGAUCUUGGCAACAACCAAGUUGGCUUUGCAGCCAUGGCCUGA